GUUUGGCGAUGUCUUUUUCUUCAAUUCUAUAGCGCGUCUUCCUCAGAGUUAGUUCUAUAUAUAUUAUAAGGCAUCACUAGCUCUGGUUCUUGGCCGCCACAAAGCAGAUCUGCAUUUCAUUCCCAAAUGGAGCGAGCUUUCCAUGGCUAAUUUUCCAAAGGUGACCUGAAGCCCCCAUCUCCUUAAUUUAUAUCAGCAGCACAGAAGCUUCGACUUAAUUUUUCCUACGUACAAGGAAUUUUAAGGAAAUUAGUUGAUAUAUAUAUAAAGAGAUGGAAGAAAUAAUAGGAAGUGGGAAACUAAUUCAACGAAAAGCAAAUGCUUCAACAGUGGGUAAACAUGAUCAUUUGGUAAUUGAAAUGGAGGAAAUGAUAAAAAGUUCGAGGCCUCUAUUAUCACCUGGAUGUUGUAUCUACAAGGUUCCAGAUCACUUCCGCAAAAUGAACGAAGAAGCUUACACUCCUCGGGUUAUUUCCAUGGGGCCUUUCCACCACGGGAACGAAAAAUUGCAAACCAUGGAAAAGUAUAAAGUGAGAUAUCUCAUGGAUUUCAUGAAACGAGCCAAAACAAACUUGGAGAAAUUAUUAAGCAUUAUAAAGGAUUGGGAGGAAAAAAUAUGUGAGUGUUAUGCAGAAACCAUUGAAUUCAGCAGCGAUGAUUUUGUGAAGAUGAUCCUACUCGAUGCAACCUUCAUUAUUGAGUAUUUCUUGAGAAACAAGUUCCCAAAACAAUGGACAGAUGAGGACAGAAUAGUGCUCAAGCCAUGGCUAACUGCUAGGAUGCAGCUGGACUUUCUGCUCCUUGAAAAUCAACUUCCAUUCUUUAUUGUGGAGAAAUUAUAUGAGCUUGUUUUGGUUACAAACACAAUUUACCGUCCCUUCAUUGAGGUUACCUUUUGCUACUUUGGAUUCUUCAACACUCAAAACAAGGAAUCGAAUCAGCUCCAAAUAAUGCAUUUUGUUGAUUUGCUUAGAAGCUUUUAUCUCCCUCCACCAGAGAGAAUCCUAUCGAAACGAAAACCAGACAAUAAGGUUGAAGAAAUAUACAGUGCAACGCAGCUAGCCGAGGCGGGAUUGACGUUUAGGCGGAGUCCAAGUAACUGCUACCUUGACCUAAAAUAUAAGGACGGAGUGUUGGAAAUCCCACGGUUUACGUUAGACAAUGCCACAGAGAUUUAUGCUCGAAAUCUCAUGGCCUUAGAGCAAUGUCACUAUCCAAGAGAAGCAUAUGUUACUGACUAUUUUUUCCUGCUAGAUUUCCUAAUCGAUACAGGCAAAGAUGUGGGUUUUCUUGCUUCAAAGAAGAUACUUGUUAAUGGUCUCGGUGACGACAAUGCAACUUUUGUCAAUAAUUUGGGCACAAAUGUCGAAUAUUCAUCCAUGAAUUCUGAGUACUGUCACCUUUGUAGAGAAUUAGUUAAAUUCUAUGAUAACCCUUGGCAUCGUUGGAAGGCUAUCUUGAGACGUGAUUAUUUUAGCUCACCUUGGAGAAUAGCUUCUACCGCAGCUGCAGUUAUCUUGUUGGUGCUCACUUUAGUGCAAGCUGUAUGCUCUAUCAUCUCAAUAUUAGUACCCUAGAUAUGAACCUAUGGGUAACUUAAUGUAAUAUGCUGAUAGCCUUUCAAUGAA